GUCAAUGCGUUUAUGUUUAAUACUCCCUCUGUUUAUGAUAGACUUUAGAUAUAUGUAAUCCAAAGACUAUGAAUACUUCUUCUAUUAUCAAUGUAAAAAACGGUUACACUUUGUAGUAUGAAUCAAAUUCACUCUCAUGUCGAGAUAGCCUUCAUCAUCAGUCAGUUUCAUAACGACUGGAAACAGAGGACUCAUAGCAUCACUCAAAUUACACAUACAAAGCAUAAAGUUCACAAAUGAAAAUACAAUACGUAGUUAUACUAUCUUCACUUCACUCCCAGCUCAUAACUGCAAAGACUAUCAGAAUCAGAGACUUUCAACUCCCUCCUUAUUCAAAUUAAGCUUCAACGUUUUUUAUUCCUUCAUCUUCCACUUCUUUUCCUCCUUUCUUCCGAUAAUACACUCUUUUAAACCUAUCAGUUUAACAAAAAUUUUAAAUUUAAAUUUCAUGUUUCAAAAAAUGUUUUUUAACCCAACGUAAUUUUAUACAGUAAAUCUAUAUUUAUCUUUUAAACUACUAAUAGAAUUUUAGUUAAAUCAUUUUAAUUUAAUUAGUUAUAGAUUAAAUUAAAAGUAUAUUAGUAUAUUUUACAAUUUUUAAUUUAUUUGAAACGUAUUAACGUUACAUUUUCUUACUAAACUAAAAAAAUGAAUAUCUUAGGUUAGUUUUCUACUUUAUUAUUACACUACGGAUCCAUUUUGCUACUACGAUAGUUUUCUCUAAUGAAACCCACUUUCUACCUAUACACUAACUAAAUAAUUUUUUUUUGACAGCAUUUUCAUUCAUUCAAAGAGUUUACAAUGGCUUAAAGCCAGGAUAUUACAUAAUUUUGAUUGCUAUGCCUGGCUUGCUAAUUGAUCAACAUAAUGAACUAGAUGCCUACAUGGUGGAAACUAAAACUAUUUUGGGUAGCUAGAGCCAAGAUGUCCUUCAUUAUAGUAGUUGCUUCAGUGAUUGUUGCUUCUCGUCCACCUCUAACUGUUGUCUCCAAGUUCCUUAUCAGUUCCUUACAGUCACCUAGGAACACAACAUUUGUGUAUCUGAGUCCAUUCAUUUGUUGAACGGCCAGAAACAUUGCCAUCCUUCUGCUACCAAGGGUGAGGUGGUAGCUUCUACUGCAACACUUCCAACCUUGUCAGUUGGUGACUUGCAUUAUGAUGCAAAAUAUCUCAGGCACGGCCCUGAUGAUGCAUCUGCAAUACGGUACAACUCCGCUUCCGGGAGGAGACCGUGAGAAGUGUGACUCUGACAAGUAGUGUGUGCAACGUGUACAUCCAGUGGUUCAUACUCCAUUGCUUCAUCCUAGAGCCUCUUGUCAAGCCAAGCUGCUUUGAUAGUUUGAACUAUAUGAUCUCUUUUGUUUUCAAAAAUGAGCUUGUUUCUCCUUUUCCAGAUUCUCCAAUCGAGAAAGAAAGGGAAUGUACCCUUGGAAUCCCUUGAACCUCGAUCAACUUAAUUCUUGAAAAAGAUUCAGGAUCUAAACAAGGGCAUCUAUCCAACAACUUUAACCACAGCUUUUUGUUCAAUUUUUUUCUUCUUUUUCCACUGUGCCUUUUUUUUUCUAUCCCCGCCGUUGAAAAAGACCAACGAAAAUCCUGUCUCAAAAACCGCAGUUCAAAUAAAUAUAUUUCGGAUUUUUAUCCUCUAUUUUCAGAGUAAUGUUAUUUUGAUCUUCCCAAAUGAAAAAAAAAAACAAAUUGCUAAUUUUUAUCCAAAAAUAAAUGACUUCACCAAUAAUUCUGACUUUCCCAAAAUUAGAAAAUCUGUAUAUAAAAGUAGGUUAGUUUGCAAACUAAAAAUACAAACGAAAAAAUAAUAAUUUUUUUUUUGUCACAGAAAAAAAUUAUAAUUCAUGGUCAUGAAUCAUGCCGAAUCAUGCAACAGUAUCUUUUAGACAGAAUUAGUGAAUCCAAGCCACGUGUUUGUAUAUCAGAGAAGUUACUCAGGGAAUCCAGCCACGUUCGUGUACGUAGAGAAGAUGGCAGGGAUUGACAAUAUCAAUGCCAUUUCACUUACUCCGAUCCAAUUUCACAUGAUAGAAGAAGGUACUCAAAGAAGGUGGAGUAUAUUUUAAGAUAUUCGUGUAUAACGUGGGAAAUUAUUAUACAUCAUUUUGAAGUUUUAAACGGAUCCAAUAAUUUAGCAAAAUACUAUAAUCUAUACGCUAUAAAUAGUAGGCAUGCACGAAUGGAAGCAUACAUGUAAUACAAACUUGUUUCUUAAAGAAAACAUAGUAAUUAAAGACCAACGAGCUGAUCCAUGGAGAUACUUAACGCCCGGCCUGUUCUUCUUCUUCUUCUCGCAUCACUCUUCUUCUUACCUGCUUUGGGAGCUAUCGAUUUUGAAUACUGCAACAAAAGUGGAUACGAUUUCUUUAACGUCUCUCGUGUGGAAGUCUCUCCAAAUCCCGUUGAGUUAGAAGAAUACCCAACCAUAAGGGUAUUCGGUUAUGCAAACAAAAGCAUGGAUGAUGGAACUGUAGAGGUGAAGGUUACAGCUGGGGGAACUACACAAACAAUGGCAAGCUACUCCCUCUGUGUGGUGGGUUUUGAAUGCGCUAUUGCAGCAGGCACCAACUUUGAGUUAGUUCUGGCGGAAGUUCCUCUAGAAUAUAUCGAGGGUGUGUCCAAGUAUGUAUAUUCCGUACAUUUGACUGAUGAUGAUGUGGGGGAAUCUGAAGAGCCAAUACUAAGAAUGUGUGUCGCGUUCGAGAUACCUACUGUAGAUCUCGCAUUGGCCUCUGCUCAGUCGAGUUGAUGGUCGAAAUAUAGUAUAUAUAUGUGUUUUAAGUCUUGAUAUGAGUCUUUGCGUGUCUCUGUCUCUCUACUUGCAUCUUUCCCUUUUAUGUGUGGAACGAAUAAAACAUUUUCCUCAACGAUAUUGCUUUCUUCUCUUUCGUAAUUUGGGUUUGGUUUCUUGAACCUAUAAGGUUUUGACCCAAGAUGAUUUAUUAUGAUAAUUAACUACUUUUAGUGUUAUAUACAUGGCUUGUCUAAUUCAGUUGUAAUAACAACGUUUUCAAUGCUAUCAUGUUUCUGUUUCCAAACUCUGUUUUUCAGGUAAAACCAUGUCUAAUAAUAUUUUACACUAAGGUUAAACUGUGGAAUCGCCAUAUAUAUAUAUAUAUAUUCUUACAUUUUCCCUUUUUGAUAGAUUAAAAUCAACAAAUCCAAAAGAAACAAAAAAAGGUAAAAAAAAAGUUUUUGGCUCUCCAACAGACCCUCAAAUCCUUAAAUUUUGAGGUUUAGGUUCUCUAACCGGUCUUUAGUUUGAUCUUUCUAAUUUUGUAAUUUACAUACAAUUAUAAUAAUAUUAAUUUUUUUAUUUUAAUAUUUAUAAAUAUAUUUCGACCAAAUAUUGAAAUACUUUUCCAUACAGGUUAUUAUUGAUACAUAAAAUACAUAAAUAUGUUAAAAUUUAAAUUAAAUUAUCUAAAAUAAAAAUAUUAUAUAUAUGUAGUUUAUCCAUUUCGUAACUUUUUUCUCUGAUGCACUUUCUUACAAAAAAUAUUUAAUUUUUUUAGUAAAACACAAAGUAUAUAUAUAAAAAUUAUAAAAAUUAUGUUUCGUGUUUUUAUUGUGUAUUUAUUAUAUAUAUUAUGUUUCGUGUUUUUAUUGUGUAUUUAUUAUAUAUUUAUAAAAAUUUAAUGCUUAUACUUAAUUAUUAUAAAAACUGAAGAUCAAAAUGUAAUAUAUAAAAAUAUUUAAAGAUUUAUUUGAGGUUUAUUGUUGCAAUCCACUCUCAAACUCUUAUUUUUUGGAUAACUCACUUUCAAAAUAAAAUUCAUUGUUGGAGAUGCUCUAAGGGUUCAAUUCUAGACGAGAAAAUCCUAUAAGUGUAUAAUUAAAAGAAAAAACAAUAAAAAAUAUUAUAAAUUAUAAUAUAAAUUUGAAAA